AUGGCCUUUGAUUCGUCGGGUCCGCGCGAGCCCACUAGCAGGAUGACGACCUACAGUUCAUCGUGCCGCCGACAGGCAAGGCGACAGUGUCCCAAUGGGCAGCCAGCCGAGGACGAGACGUUCUUAAUUGGCUAUUGGAUCGUGACGCAGACGUCAUCCGGCUGGCCGCACGGCGCAGCAAGCUGCUCAUUCGGUGGCGGGCAGUCGAUUCUCUGGUUUCGCACAGCAGGCAGCCCAGUGCGGAGGGUGUGCCCGUGUCAGCCGGACGGCUUGCCACCUACCACCCAGCUGCUCCCCGAGGACUUCAACAGGGCGCACAACACGGCCGGCCUAGUGCCGGUGCUCCCAGUAGACAGCAGCACCCUGAACAUCACCCUGCCUGAGCCUGCGGACUUCACGGACGGCAGGGCGCCAGUAACCAGCGUACUGCUCAAGCGCAGGAACAUACCAGCAACACCUGCUCUGGCAGUCACAGGUUGGCACACCUGCCCCCGCUGGGCCGCCUUUAACGGCAGGGGAGGAGGCGGCAGGGAAUAG